AUGGCUUCCGAGGCAGAGGCGGGCGCUGCAGCUGUUGUUGAGGCAGAAUCAGCGGAAAGGGAUGCAUCAUUAGGAGACUUAACAGCAAGCAUGGAGUCUGAGUCCUCCAGCGGAAAAGAGCCUGUGAUGGGCGAAGGCACUGAGGGUGCAGACACCAACACCGGCUCAGGAGACGAGGAGAACGGACGUCAGCUGGGUGAAGUCGAGCUACAGUGUGCGCUGUGCAUGAAGUGGUUCACAGCGGACAUGUUCGGCAUCGACACCGCGACCUGCCUUCCAUUCAUGACCAACUAUGUGUUCCACUGCAACGUGUGCCAUCACAGCGGAAAUACCUACUUCUUGAGAAAGCAAGCGAACCUGAAGGAGAUGUGCCUCACAGCCCUGGCUAAUCUGACAUGGAGGUCACGGACUCGGGAGGAACAUCCAAAGACCAUGUUUUCUAAAGAUAAGGAUAUUAUUCCCUUCAUUGAUAAGUACUGGGAGUGUAUGACAACUCGUCAGAGACCAGGAAAACUCACAUGGCCGAAUAAUAUAGUGAAGACCAUGAGUAAAGAGCGUGACGUGUUCCUUGUGAAAGAACAUCCUGACCCUGGCAGUAAAGAUCCCGAGGAAGACUACCCCAAAUUUGGUUUGCUUGAUCAGGACUUGGGCAAUAUCGGGCCAUCGUACGACAACCAAAAGCAAGCUACUGCUGUUACGACAAGUGGCAGCCUGAAUGGUGGAUCAUCAUUUUCAGGUGGCCUUCCUCCACCUGGUACGGGCAAAGGCCGAGGCGCCAAACGUAAGCAGCAACAGCAGCAGGAUGGAACCGCUGCAGGAGCAGCUAAGAGGACACGGAGCGAUCCUCUGCUUUCAGCCCAGCGCUUGCCUCCUCAUGGCUAUCCCCUUGAACACCCGUUUAACAAAGACGGCUAUCGCUACAUUCUGGCCGAGCCGGACCCUCAUGCACCUGAUCCAGAGAAGCUGGAGCUGGACUGCUGGGCAGGAAAACCAAUCCCCGGAGACCUGUACCGAGCCUGUCUUUAUGAGAGAGUCCUGCUCGCUCUUCAUGAUCGAGCUCCCCAGCUAAAGAUUUCUGAUGAUCGCCUGACUGUGACGGGUGAAAAAGGCUAUUCGAUGGUGCGAGCGUCUCAUGGUGUACGAAAGGGGUCCUGGUACUUCGAGGUGACCAUAGAUGAUAUGCCUACUGACACCGCUGCCCGCCUCGGCUGGUCUCAGCCUUUAGGUAAUCUACAGGCACCGCUGGGCUACGAUAAGUUCAGCUAUUCGUGGCGCAGUAAAAAGGGCACGCGCUUCCAUCAGUCCCUUGGGAAACAUUAUUCAGAUAGUUACGGACAGGGAGACAUCCUGGGCUUCUUUAUUGAGCUACCAGACAAUACCGAGACUGCAAAGGCGCUGCCAGACACGUACAAGGACAAAGCACUGAUUAAAUUUAAAAGCUACCUCUACUUCGAGGAGAAGGAUUACGUGGACAAGGCAGAGAAGAGCUUAAAGGAAGUGGAUAAAAGUCGAAUGAUUUUCUACAAGAACGGCAUUAAUCAGGGCGUGGCUUACGAAAAGCUGUUCGAGGGCAUGUAUUUCCCUGCUAUAUCACUCUACAAAAACUGUCAGGUGUCGGUUAACUUCGGACCACAUUUCAAAUACCCGCCGAAAGACGUCAAGUUCCAGCCGAUAAGUGAUCUGGGCUGGGGCGCCGUAAUCGAGCACAGUCUAGCAGACAUCCUUUACCACGUGGAGACGGAGGUGGACGGCCGACGCAGCCCACCGUGGGAAGGUUAACCGCUGAUUCGUUCACCUACACGAAUUAAAGGAGGCGCUUUUUAAAACACAAUGUCUGUCCACUGGAUCUCUAGCACAUGGCUGUAAUUUACCCAGUCAAUUGCGAUGUGCUUCCUGGUACUAAGAAAAUAACUGAAAACUCAUUUCCCUUAAACUUACUUUUAAAGGAUUGCGCAUUUAAGAUCUGUCAGAAGGUUUUUGGGGAAGAUUGACAUGAGAGAAUGUCUUGGGUUGUGUUUUUCCUUAAGUGUUGCCCUUUUGCAAUAAGUUAACCUAGCUUUUUUUCCAGUUUGUCUGAAGCAUGAGAAAAAAGACUUUACACAAGGGAUGUUCAAGUCAAACCGGUGUUUUCGAUUGAACGAAACAGUUAUGAGAGUAACUAUAUAUAUAUAAAUCUCUUUCUCUGUGUAAUCCCCUGCACUUCUCCCAGCAUUUCACUAGUGCUUGGAUACCAUUAAGGUAAGGAGUUUUCUCAAUACCCCAAAGCCAUGAUUGGACUGCCUGCUUCAUAUUUAAAACACUGGCCUCCCGGGAAGCCUUCUGAUGGCCCAAACUUUUAGAAAUGGCUUAGAGCAAGGUUCAAACUAUAUCAGGGAUGUGGCAAUAACUCCCAGAGUUCCUGUGCAAGUGGUGCGGGUGAAGGAUUGUAUGUACAGUUCUUCCAGACAGACGCAUGUCUUCCACAAGGUGGCAACAAGCCUUCUUUAUAAUGAUUGCACCAUUCAAAUGUUCAAAUUUAAAUGUUUUUCUGCAGCUAAGAUUCAUUCACCAGAAGUCAUCACGAGUCCUGGUUUGACUUGAACGCAUCUUGUAGUUGCUGUAAUGUUUUGAAGAUCUUUCUCAAUAUUAAAUGUAGCUACAAAUUAUAGUUUUAAUUAAAAGCAUAAGGCUAAUCAUCUAACAGUUCCUGGCAAAUUAUCAACUUUGCAAAACUUGCUGUAAGACUGUAAUCCAUAUACACGAGUCCUUUUUUUUUUUCGCUGACAAAAGUCCUACAGAAUGUAUGGAGGACGAUUUACCCGAAUGUUCAUCUUGAAUUAGAAAUAACUUAAAGAAAUAAGCCAAGUGUUCUACAUAAAUACUCAUUAUUGAGUUCCAGGACAACUGUGCUGCUAAGUAAGUUUUGCGGCCAAUGGGUUUUGAGAUGUUUUUCUUAGUACAGUGAACCGUCCCAGUUCUUGUCCAAGGUUAUUGCACAUGUGUUACAGAUGCAUAAGAUAGACGGUAUGUUGAAAAAUGCCAGGACAUUCCUUUAAUGUGAAGACACCCAACACCUUAUCCAUGGAGCUGAUACACAUGUAAACACCCAAAUCACAACUUUGAUGUCUCUACUGCAUUUAAGCUCUUAUGAGAAUGUCACAUGGUUUCAGAAAAAUACAAAUAAAUUAAAAAAAUGAAUGCAGAUUUGGUCAUUUAUACUGUUAAACCAUGAUAUUAAAUCUGUAUCGUCAAUGGUCAAGCUUAAGCGAGUUAGUAUACCGCUUAUGUGUAUUAUCCAGUGUGUAUUAUUAGCAAAGAAAGUGUAUAACAUCAGCACUGAGAGUUGCAGUAAACUACAGAAUGUCUUGUGUGCCAUUGUUUUGUUUUUUUCUUCUUCUUUUUUUAAGUAAUCGUACAAAAUACAGUGAUAUUAAUGGCCUGUACCUGACGAACAGCAACAAAUUCUCAGACACCAGAAAUAACAGGCCAUGAAUUUAGUUUUUGUCUGUUUUAAUUCCCCAUUAGUAAACUUUUUCACACUCAUUGACCUAGGUGUUAAAGUAUGAUUUACUAUAUCUGUGUUUCCAUACUCCUGAGCAUUGUUUUAUACUGAAGCUUGUUUUAAUAAAAUUAAAUAUUUGAAAAUUCUCUACUAA